UUACAUAUGCUGCCGGACCUUGAUUCACUGCCAAGUGCCAGCAGAGCCACCUUUUGACCUUUGACUCCGAUGACUCGUGACCGGAUGUUUUGGAAUGCCAUACCACAUACUACUGUUCUCCACCAGCUGUUCUCCUUCUCUUUACAUUACUGCCGAGUACGCUGUACGGUACAGCACAUUUACUUUGCUAAAAAGAAAUAAGCGAUAGUCCCCUAAUCCUAAUGUAGCACAUAGAUACAUCAGUUCAGACACAAACUAUAUUCAAAAUGUCUAAGCCCUACUUCACAAGGUAUUUUACAUAUUUCAAUAACCCAUUACGAUUGGUAGGAUCAACAAAAAUAUUUAGGAGUUUUUCUAGAUCUCAAUCGAAAAUCAAUGAGUUGCAAGAUCAACCUGAACGAAAAAUCUUAAGCUUACAAUUGGAUGAAAGAAACAUAGCAACAGUUCAAUAUGAAAGGAAUGGUGAUACCGUUGACCUGAUACAUUCAGAAAUUCCUUCUGAAUUACAAGGAAAAGGAUACGGCCACAUAUUAGCACAGAAAACAUUUGACUACAUUGUUGAAAACAAUCUUCGAAUGAAAAUAACUUGCGAAUUUUUGCAAAAGGUCUUUGAGAAGAAUAAGAGCAAGUAUGGAAAAUAUGUGGCUUAAUCCUCAUCCUUAUAGUUACUAUUUACUAAGCUAAGCUAAAGUGUUGGUAUGUCCUGUUUGCUCACAUAUUUGUAAUUUAUUAUUUUCCAUGAUUUAAGUUAUAAAUAAAUAAAUUUGGUACUAUUUUA